CAGACAACCCAGAAAAGUGCAAUUAGGAAUUUAAGUUGCUCGGCAGUACUUCAUCUACAGGAAACCGUUGUAGAACAAGAAGGCAAGACAAAAUGCACUCUUAUCCCUGGAGACGGUGUAGGACCAGAGCUUGUGGUCUCCGUUCAACAAGUAUUCAAAGCUGCCAAUGUUCCUGUGGAAUUCGAACCCUAUUUUCUUUCAGAAGUUAAUCCAACGUUGAGUGCACCCCUGGAACAGGUUUCUAAUAGUAUUGCGAGAAAUCGUGUUUGUCUGAAGGGGAUUUUAGCAACUCCUGAUCACUCCCACACUGGUGAGCUUGAAACUCUGAACAUGAAGCUCCGAAAAAGUCUGGAUUUGUACUCGAAUGUCGUUCACGUUAAAUCAUUGCCUGGGGUAAAGUCACGCCACUCAAACGUCGAUUGUGUCAUAAUUCGAGAGCAGACAGAAGGCGAAUAUUCAGCACUCGAGCACGAAUCUGUUCAUGGUGUUGUCGAGUGUUUGAAAAUUGUCACUGCCACCAAGUCACAACGAAUCGCCAAAUUUGCGUUUGACUAUGCCGUCAGGAAUAACCGGAAAAAGGUUACCUGUGUGCAUAAAGCUAAUAUUAUGAAAUUAGGAGAUGGUCUUUUCCUGAAAUCCUGCCAAGAAAUAGCUAAACUUUAUCCUAGGAUUGAUUUUGAAACAAUGAUCGUCGACAAUUGCACCAUGCAGAUAGUAUCCAAUCCUCACCAGUUCGACGUCAUGGUAACUCCCAAUUUAUAUGGAAAUAUUGUUGACAAUAUUGCCUCUGGUCUAGUCGGUGGUGCUGGAGUCGUAGCUGGAGCCAGUUACAGCGCUGAAUGCGUUGUAUUUGAACCAGGUGCGAGGCACACAUAUUCAGAAGCUGUAGGAAAAAACGUGGCGAAUCCAACAGCAAUGAUUCUCUGUGGUGUAAAACUCCUAAAUCACAUAAACAUGAAGCGUUAUGCGACUCAAAUUCGAGAGGCACUGAAUCGUGUACUAAACGAUGGAAAAAUCCUCACUAAAGAUCUGGGGGGCCAGAGUUCUACGAGUGAAUUCACCCAAGCCAUCAUCAGUAGUCUCCGUUAAUAUGUGUCCAUUUUCUUUCCAAAAACAAAAAAUAAUAAUCGUAGAACAAUCGUGAUCAUUGAAAUAGCGUUUUUUUUUCGAGAUGUCUGUCGAUAUUUAAUUGCCUCGAGAUUUUUUAGAGAUGAAGAGACGAGCGUUCACCGAGAAAUCAUUUUACUUUCUGUCAUUUACAUGUUUAUUUAUUGAGGUAAUCACUCAGAUUCAUUUAUUGUAAUGGAGACACGAUAUUGGUGUUCAUGUAUUGACGAUUGAAUGGAUUGCAGGAGAUAACUGAUUUUGUUGCUUAGAUUGUUAUUAUUGGAAGUAAAGAAAAUGUAUUACGUUGAA